GAAUGAUGAAUCGUGGAAUAUUCUUUUUCCUGUUUGAUUACCGAUUCAAGAUUAUUUGAUAUCGUCAAAAAGUUGACAAUUUGAUUUCGAACUACGCGCCAUGUUCAGUGAGCCAUCAUGCAUGAAUAUCGGUGCAGAUCGAAAUCACUUGAAUUAACUAAUUAGAAUCCAUGAAACUUAUCAGUGAAAAGGAUAAGUUGUUUUUGUUUAACAAUGCAGGUAUCGGUUGUAAGUUAUCUUGUUAGAAUUUGUCAUGCUUAUAAUGUAUACGUACAGCUGUGCUUAUAAUCCACCAAAAAUGACUUCAUUUCAUCUUUCUGCAUAUCAGUUAAUAACAACACUAAUGGAAAAUACAAAAGAUAAAGCGUUGACAAAGGACCCGGAAUCAAUCUGUAAAAUGAAUUGAAGACAAUGCAACGACUGACAUCCCCUCAGAUUGAUAGCGUUAAACCUAUAAUCAAUCGCUAUUUCCAACCCCUGAAGUUUACCAAAAAACACAGAGCUGUAGCUCUGAACCCGUUCAGUUUACGUUUCAUUUAGGUACGCACAAUUUUCGUAGUGCUCUCAAUAAAUUUCAUGCCCGCGGAACGCUCAAGAUUAUUUUCAGUUUAAAUUUCAGUAUGGCCAUCCCGAUAAUUUUACAGAUUGGCAACACUUCUUCAGUUAGUUGUCUGCUACGAAACUAUGGCGGACCAAACGAACAAGUACGAUAUUUCGCUCACGGAGUUAAAACUCGAACAACAAAGGACUGCUCGGCGAAAUGCACUUCGUCAAGAGUAUAUGAAAGUGGCUUCUAGUCCUUUCAAAAGUGGCGAAGGAGGAAUUGCAUUUGAUCCUGCACUGCAACGAUUUAUAGCAGCUAAGACAAGAACCUACGAUUAUUUUAGACCUACGCUAAAAAAUGGUGCAAUAUUCUAUGCAUCAUUGAUCACUCCACUGAUUCUUAUCUCAUGGUAUACUAAAAAGUGUAAGGAUACCCAGGAACAUCUGUACCGCACUGGUCAGGUGUCAUACGCUGAUAGAGAAUGGAAGUUUGCCUAAGCUUGUUUAUUUAUCAAACUCUGUUUAGUAGCAAUUGCUUCGUAAUGUGUGAAUAAACAGCUUAUUAUAUGUUGAUCGAAAA